AGGGAUGUGGCGCAGCUUGGUAGCGCGUUUGUUUUGGGUACAAAAUGUCACAGGUUCAAAUCCUGUCAUCCCUA